CUUGAUGUUCCACCGAGCAUUGACGCAGGAACAAGUGGAGCACGGGUGGAAAGCUCUGCAGCACCAGGAUCAACAGCAGUAGCCGUGAGCAAUGCUGCCUUACUGUCCCGCUUGCCUGAGGAAGCCGAAAUACCGGAUCAGUUCCGAUGCAUGAUAGAUGGGAAACUUAUGACACAACCAGUCCGAUUUGUCGCGCCGAGCACGGGACAAGUCUACUACUACGAGCUUGCGCCGCUACAGGCAUGGGCCGCAGUGCACGGCGAUGUGUGUCCCGUGUCUGGUGAAGCAUUUACUCCUGACAGCGUGCAGCGAGACGGGGAGCUAGACUCCCAACUCCUGUCAUUUCUGACAGCUGCAGGAGCCGCAAAAAGCGAACAGGGCGGUGGAUAAUUUCGCCAACCGAUCCGAGCACACUGAACGUUCCCCUGCUCUCCCAUCUCGUCCCAGUCAACCAUUUAAUUUUCUUCAUUUUUCCUUAGUGGACGCGAACUCCUCUUGUGUACGGAAGGCAUGGCACAGAUGAACUAGGGUAUGCCGGUUUAUUUUACGAGGUUCGCUUGCUAUCAAUUAUGGUUCUUAAUUUCAUUUUCACAUGUGGACAACAAUUCAAACACUAUGAUUCAAUACGAUGGGAUUACAGCAAAAUUUUCCGCUUAUACUUAUUGUUAUGUCCUUCAUGGAGAUACACAAUUCUGAAUGCACCGCUUGCGUCUGAUAUAUAUAACUUCUACACUUAACUCCCCACCCUUCAUAGUACUUUUGUCUCAAUUAUAAGAUCUUGAACUCAUUAAUUAACUGUCGUGGUUUUCUUCUCCCUCUCCAAACACACCCUUAGGAAAUGAACAAAAUAUAAAAAUGUCCUCUUGCAAUGCAGAAGCGGAAGGAGGAGAGCUCUGAGAUCUGAGUUCUCUCAAGAUGCAAUAUCUUUUGUUUUUUG